AUGUCUGAUAAUAAAUUCACGAUUACUUUAAGCGAAAGGCGAUCGCCUGACUACCACAAGUCACGAAGGUGGGAGAAUGAGUCUAUGCAGUCUAAGCCAGUUGGCGGAUCCUCGGUUCACUUUCACAACUUAAAAAUUGCGGAUAGCUCCGUAGUAAAAUUAAAUAACGCAACUUUAGGAAACGUUGAUAUGUCUGAAGAAUCAAAGCAAAAAGAUCAGGAAGAGAUGGUUUUCAAAUUAUGA